AUGGACUUUUUAUUCGGCACCAUGUUUUUCGCCGCCACCGGAGCAUUGGGCGUGUUCUUUACUCCUUUUCUUACGAGGGACCUGGUAGGCCUUGUGCGUAUACUCUGCGUCACAGCAGCCUUCUGCUGCUGGCUUUCAUGGGCGCUUAUUUACCUGUCGCAGGUACAUCCCCUAUUGAUACCAACACGAAACAUCAAAAAAGAAUAG